AUGACUAAACGAAUCAUGGAUCAAUAUAACACUGAAUCACUUUCUACAAUAAACAAUACUCAUGAAACAAAUACAAUGAAAGAUCAUCGAAUUUUCUCCGAAGAAUUUCUUCUUAAAGUAUCAGAAUGUAUUAAGAUUGCCAAUAAUAUUCGUACUGAUUAUGGAAUAGAUAUUUUAGAAACUAAUGGUAGUUUUGAAAUAACAGAUAAAGUUAUUAAUCAUCUUGAUUCUUUGUUAUCGAUAUAUUAUCAAAAUGUUAAUCAAAACAAUAAUAAUAUUGAUAGUAUUCGCAAUUUAUUUGAACAAAACGAUGAUUUCAAAAUAUCUAAUUUGUAUGAUAACUAUUCUAAUUCUAUCAUGUUAUCGAAUAAACAUAAUGAAAUCAUAAAAAUAGAAAAGUUUCCAUCAGAAGAUGUUCAUUGUAUAGCAAUUAAAUUACCAACAAUAGUUGAAAUGCAACUUAGAAAUAAUCAACUUCUCAGAAAUGUUAUUCAUAAUUAUAGACAUCAUGAACGAUAUUUAAAUUUAUCUAAAAAAAAUAAAAUAUCUUCAAUAAAAACGAGAGACAAACAAGAAGAUGUGUUCGUGAUUGAAGCUAAACCUUUAUGUCCUAUGGAAUCAAAUGAUACACUUGAUUCAUCAUCAGUUAUUCUAUCAAAAACUAAAGAAAAUGUUACAAAACUAAUGAAUCAUAUUCAUAAUCAAUAUAAAAAUAAAAAUCAUAAAAAAGAUAUUGAAGAUGUUUUAAAUGGUAUUGUUAUGUUAACUGAUCAAUCAACUUCUUCAUUUUCAGAUCAAAUAAAUAAUAAAAUAGCUAAUGAACUGAUGAGUGCAACACAAAAACAAGGUUAUACAAUCAAUCGUGAACGAAUACAUGUUCGUAUGGCAUUAGAUUUAAUUUUAGUUGAUAAUCGUUUAAAUGGUAAAACAAUGAUAUUUCAAUCAGAAUCAAUUAUUUUAUCUCGUAUGAUUCGAAAAAUCUAUCUAUGUACACAAGUACGAACAUUAUGUUCAUAUGGUGAUGUAAUUACAAUAAUUAAUGAUCCUGAUUAUCAUCAAAUACGUUUUCGUACAUAUAAACGACUGUCAUUAUCAUUGGAUGAAUUUAUUGAAAUUCUCGAUGCAAGUGAUAUUAUUGAUCUUGAUACAAAUCUUAUUCAUUCAUCAAUAUUAACAUCAAAACAAAUAGAUGAUAUGAUUAAAUAUAUUGUACGUGAAGAUGCUAUAAAACAAUUACUAAAAUUAAUAUUUAAUCGAACACGUAAUAGUGAUAGUCAUAUUGAUGAUGAAUAUCGACAAUUUAAAUUAAAUCUUCCAAUGAAAUUGAACGAUUUAUAUCAAACAAUUAAAAAAUUAAAUGCUUUUAGUAAGUUAAAUAGAGAAUAA